AUGGAAAUGGACAAGGAUCAAGACGACUUUAUGGAUAAUGAGCCUUUCCGCCAUGAUGAUGGCAGCUAUACAAAUCUGAAUCCAAUGACCUUUCAUCACGUGAAUCCACUCUUCGCGAGACAGGAUUCGCUCUCAAUCGCGGCCGAGCUGCAGGAAAAGGACAAACAACGCAAUCCAAAUCAAAACUCUUUCAUGGAAGCUGAUGUGAACAUUGAGAAUUACUUGAAGGAGCUUCAAAACGAGUCGAUCUACAGUGACGAUCCGAUUCAAGACGAUCCAGACAUGGCGAAAACCGCCUUCGCCAUGGAACAAUCAGCCGCUUAUGAGUCAAUGCACAACAAUCGUCUCUCUCAUCUACCACAUGAUGAUGGCAUGGAUGAUGUGUUCAACUUUAACACUUUACCAUCAAGCUCUCAUCAUCAAGGACCGAUCAUCAGCACUUCCACUGCACCACUCGUCAACAAGGUCAAGCACGAACCAUGGGAGGAUGAGCCAUCGACCUCGGCGAUCACUCGACCAACUGUAACUGCUCCAAAAGCCUCUGUCCCGAAAUUCGCCACUCCAGCUCUUCCAAAAGCUGGCUCUUCAUCAAAGGGAAAUGGCUACACCUCAACCACCAGAGCCAGGAAAUACAACUUGAAGCCAAAAGAGGAAAAGGAGACCACUAACUACAAGAUCAAGCGAAUGAGAAACAACGAUGCUGUUCGCCGAAGCCGUAUGAAGGCAAAGGAAGAGCAAGAAAAGAGGGACAAAGAGUUGAUGGAUCUGAGAAAUGAGAAAAACAAGGUUGAGCAGGAUAACAAGCACCUUCGCGCCACUCUUCUCGAGAUUCAACGCAAAUGUCGUUGUGGUCAUAUCGGCAAUUUGAAGAUU